CUUGAUCUUUGAAUCAUUCUUCACUCUCUCUCUAAAACCUAACUGUUCAAAAUCCACUCUCUCAUUCCAACAAUGAAAAUCGAAUGUGUGUAAACGCGGUUUCUGUUAGAUCCAGAUUCAUGGGGAUUUGCUUCAGCAUUGAAGAAAAACACGUUUCCCAUUCCGAUUCUAAACCUAAACCCUAGCUUCGCCGUCGCCGUCGCCAUCUCUCCUUCCAUCUCCGGCCAUCGGACCUCCAUUAAAGAAACAAACUCUGUUUUCAUGAUCUCGUCAAUCGGUCUUUCAUCUGAAUCAUAGGAACAUCAGCCUCUAGAACAAGAUAAAAUUUUCCCCUGAACCAUUGUUCUCGGCAUCAUUGUUUUCCUAAUAAAUCAGCUUAAGAUGACUUCUCCAGACACUCUUGUAUUCAUGGAACUUGCAAUACAGCAGGCAAAGUUAGCUAUGGAUGCCCUUGAAGUACCUGUCGGCUGUGUAAUUGUUGAGGAUGGCAUGGUUAUAGCCUCGGGAAGGAAUCGAACUACCGAGACACGAAAUGCUACAAGACAUGCCGAAAUGGAAGCUAUAGACCUGCUUCUAGAACAGUGGCAGAAAAACAGACUUUCGAUGACUGAAGUUGCUAAAAAAUUCUCAAACUGCAGUCUUUAUGUUACUUGUGAACCGUGCAGAAUGUGUGCAUCUGCUUUAUCAAAUUUAGGUAUAAAGGAAGUGUUUUAUGGCUGUUCAAAUGAUAAAUUUGGAGGUUGUGGAUCAAUACUAUCAUUGCAUUUAAGUGAUGCCGUGUCACCUAAUAAAAGGGGUUUCAAAUGUGCUGGAGGUAUAAUGGCAAAAGAAGCUGUCCUUCUCUUCCGAACAUUCUACGAGCAAUUUUCUCCAAUUUUGUCCAAGCAUUUAAGAAAGUUCAAAGUGGGGUAUAUGGUUUCUGAGGAUCUAUCCAAAGAUGUGGGCAAGGAUGAUAUAGUUAUGGGAGUAAAGAGAUUGAUCGGUGAUGAAGAAGUGAAGAAGAAUGUUGAGGUUCUUAGAGAAAAGUUUAGGAAUGGGUAG